GCAAACUAUUUGUAGAGUUCACUUAUGCUUUUCAACUUCAAUGCUCUGGAGCUAAGAAUCCUCCCACACGAUUGCAAGUUCCCUCAGCCGUCAGACAUCAAAGAUGCUACUCACAUCUCGAGAAAUGGCUCAACGCCUUGAAGAAGCAGACAUCCUCCAUAUUUCUCGCCAAAUCGAUGUUUGCGCCCAACUAUUUCCUGAUCACAAAUCUCACACGGUGCCAAUUGGUCAUGGCGUAGCGGCAAUCACCUUGACCUCUUUUGGACGGAAGCUGAAUCGAAUCACAGGAUAUGGGGUAGCUGGACCAGUCUCAGAAAAUGACCUUGCCGCUGUCGAAGAUCUGUUUGCGAAGAACGGCGUGAAUACAGAACUGAGUCUCUGUCCGCUUGCCAAUCCGUCAGCAUUCCAAGUCUUGGAAUCUCGUGGAUAUGUCAUCAAAGACUUCAUCAACAGCUACGUUCGAAUUCUGACUGAUGAUGAUUUAAAGGAAGUGAAGGAAGACGGUGUCAAGAUAUCCCGCGUCACAGCUGAACAAGCACAAGAAUUCCCAAGCUGGAGUUUGGCGGGGUAUAGAGAUGGAGGCAGAGCCGAAUUGCUUCUCGAAACUCUGGGCCGUAUUGCCUCAAUGCGUGCAGACACAAGUCUAUACAUUGCGACAGUUGAAGGAAAGGUUGCAGGAACAGCUUGCAUGGCGCUGAUUGAGACUACAAAAGGAGGAGUAGCUCAUUUAUACACUGACAGCACUUUACCCGAAUAUCGAGGACGAGGAAUUCAAGCCGCACUGCUUAAAGCAAGGUUGGUGGAAGCGAGGAAAGCAGGGUAUGAUCUUGCGUCAGUUCAGGCUCGACCUGGAAACGGAAGUUGCAGAAAUAUUGAACGGGCCGGAUUUAGUCUUGCUUACACAAAAGCAUGGUGUGUGAAAGCUUCUACUCAAACUCAGAUGGCGAAAUAGUACGUCAAGGUCUGGACAAACUUCAGUGGAGAAAGGCUUUUAAAAUAUAGAUCUUGUCAGCUCUCUGAUUGUAGCCAAUCAAACCCCAGUACUCGGAAGCGGCUGAGCAGCAUUAGUUGUACGAUCGACCGGGACUUCGUCUGUUCAGCCCUAUCAGAAUCAACGCCUGAACUUUAGCUCUUAUUUUCUCAAAUUAGUAACCUGACCCUUUCGCCGUUGCUCCCGCUGUUCUCGUGGUGAUCACGAUGUCUCAACGGGCAGAGAGGAGUAUUUUGUGAUGAAUA